ACAUGGAUGGCUUCCCGGUGCAAGUAAGUAAUUUGUUACCGCAAAAUUCACUCUGUUUGGUUUGCUGACACCGACUUGGUCAUAGUAUGCGACGUCGGAGAAAGAUAUCUCCCUUUCUCUCUCUCUCGUCAAUCCCCUUCAAUCAAUUCACAAGGCUGCAUGGAAUCCCAAUCUCAAGGCGGCUGGGUGGCUCGUUACAGGUGGCCCUGCUGGGUUGUGUCGCCUUGAAUUCAUUGGUUGCGGCCCCACACUAGACAAUAAAUAAUCGGCUUCUCAUUGGGCCCCCCAGGUUAAUACCAGUUACUCAUCCGUUUCUCUGAUAAUUUGUUUGUCCGAUAUGCAUGAAACUAGUCUGUCGAACCAUUGCAGUGAAGAAACAGUGAGGAAUGAAGAAACCAUCAGCAUGGCUCAGCACGGUCCGCAUGCUGAAAUGGUGGUUAAUUUAGAAGACGACAUUGCGUCGUCUCCUGAGGAAGAAAAGCUGAAAGUAGAAGAGAACAGUUUGUCUAUUGUCACCAAGUUACGGAAUUCACCCGACUGGAGUGAAGUCGUUGCCUAUGGACACUUGUCGGAAUCCGCCCGGCAGCAUUCUUUAACUGCAACGACAUUGCGUGGACAAGGCAGAAUCGGGCGUCGCCCACUCAAGUUUUUCAACACGGACAAAACUGAAUGUAUCAUGAUUGCCCAUCUUGGAGGAAAUAUUUGCGGACAUGACGGCAUAAUCCACGGAGGAUUAUUGGCUACCUUGCUGGAUGAGCAGUUGGCUUAUGUGACUUUACCACACCUCCCCAACUACACCGGGUUUACGGCCAAUCUGAAUGUAGACUAUCGGUUGCCGGUGAUCGCUGACCAAUGGGUCAUGAUCCGCGGUAAACUCGAUCGUGUAGAAAAUCGUAAAGCGUGGGCGAACGCCUGGAUCCACACCAUUGAUGGGGAAAAGUUGUUAACAGAGGGCAAGGCAUUAUACAUUAGCCCGAGAAAUCGAUAAAGAAAAAAUAAGCUGCGUCUCAUAUGAAAUUUUGACCGUGUUCAUGUCCCCUCAUCCUAACCCAAACUCUGGGGGUCUGAGUUUGACGACCCACAGGGUCAGAAACCCGUUUUCAAAACUCCACUAUCAAAUUUUUUUUUUUCUACUUGGUCCGAGAAAAAAAUAAAUUAUAUAGUCGAACCCUAA